CAAGAACUCAACAGAACAGCUAUAAAUUAAAAAUCCCCCACAAGAUCCCGCGAGGCGAGAGAGAGAGAGAGAGAGAGGUGCCACCAGAAUCCAAACCCUGCUUCUAUGAAUUCGAGUUCUGAAGGCCUCCCGAAACAAUAAAACCCUACUUUCGUGCAACUGUUUGCAGAUAAUUUACAGGCGGUGGAUAAUGGACGCUGAUCCACGACAAUACGAAAACAUCGUGGUCAAUGAUAAUGAUAUACACAACGUUGUCCUUUCAUAUUUGGUGCACAAUUGCUACAAUGAAACUGUGGAGUCAUUUAUCUCCUGUACGGGGAUGAAGCAGUUAGCCAAUCAUCUUGAGGACAUGGAGAAACGAAAACGUAUUUUCCAUUUUGCACUGGAUGGGAAUGCGCUGAAGGCCAUUGAACUGACAGAAGAACUUGCACCUGAAUUACUUGAUAGAAAUAAGGACUUGCAUUUUGAUCUCUUGAGCCUUCAUUUUGUUAAGCUUGUCUGUUCUAGGAAAUGCACAGAAGCUUUGGAAUUUGCUCAGACUAAGUUGACUCCUUUUGGGAUGGUGCAAAAAUAUGUUGAGAAGCUCGAAGACUUUAUGGCUUUACUAGCUUAUGAAGAACCAGAAAAGUCUCCAAUGUUUCAUCUGCUUAGCUUGGACUAUCGGCAGCAUGUCGCAGACAGUUUGAAUAGAGCAAUUCUUGCUAAUGCCAACCAGCCCAGCUAUUCAGCAAUGGAAAGGCUGAUACAACAGACAACAGUGGUUAGACAGUCCUUAAAUCAAGAUCAUGUCAAGGUAGCCUGAAGAUGGAUUUCUGCCAUUUGCUUUGAAGGAUUUUCUGAAGAGCUAGCUCAAGGUUGUCUCAAAUGAUCAUUGUUAUUGGGGCAAUGAUGGAAUACUUGGUUUCCCUCGGACUGUGUUGUGGUUAUGGUUUUGGCACAGAAUUCUGUCACCCUCGCUUGCAUAUGUGUGAAGGUUCGUGCAGAAGGGUGCUUCAUUUCAUUCUUAUAAACUACACCUCCUUUGAAUGGCUGAAAGGACGGUAGAAUUUGGCUUCAACAACUGGCGGAUUGGUUUUUAUCUCGAUUGAUUGUACAUGGUUGAUCCACAUUAUUGCUUGCAUGUAAAUUCGUGUACUAUAGAGUUUACUUAAUUCAGUCCUUCACUAUUCUAAUUUUGAUCUGUCCGAACGUGUUAAUUCCAGUAUCUAUUCAAGGAUCGUGCUAA